AUGACAUUAUUAUCAUUGAUCACUCUAACGACUACUCCGAUUCGUAUCCGUAUCCGUAUCCGUGUUUUUACCGGAACAUCAAUAAUGAACUUUCAGAGGAAAAAGCAAAUUGUUGAAGCUCGAUUGCUUGCAACAGUAGCAGUACUUCUUAGUUUAGGAUUUAUUUGUCUGCUGCUAAAUUGUUUUGUGUGGCAUGCGGUACGAAAUGCAGAGAUGAAGCAAAUUUUGUUGGGUAUCUUAACGUUUAUUGUGGGAAUGUCAACUCGAGACUGGUACCGCUUACAUGGCGAGAAACUAACGAGAGCUUUGAAAGCGCUUCUUAACGUCUCCAACAUGCUUAAUUCCUUUGAUACAUCUACUUUCGAUUUCUUUGGCAUCUGUAAAUGUUUGAAACUCAACGGGAAAUAUACCCCGGAAGAUUUAAAAAUUAACGAAGGAAUACCACGAACACCGGAAACCAGUCCGCCGUUAAGUCCUUCGACUGGAGAACGAAGCGAAAUAAGAAAUUCGGCAAUAAGCAAGUCUUGA